AUGGGAUAUGAAAGACCUGACGAAGAGAGACCCGAGUCACGUGACCUUCGGUUCUAUGGAGGUCCACCGCCGCGUCUAGGCCCGACCCGGUUCGCCGGAGACCCGAGUAAGCGAGGGAAACGAAAGAGAUUAAUCCGAUACGAGAGAAGGACGGCUAAAACAGCCAUAGGCGUAAUCGCCAUUUUGGGUUUCUUCUUCCUAUUGAAUUGGUCCAUGCUCUCUCGUCUUCACGAAGGUCGUGCCUGGCUUCGAAAAGGAUUCUCUAGGAACCGAAACCCGAAGAGUAAAGAUAAUGGAACAUAUGGUAGAAUGUUGGCUUUGGCUGCUCGUGCUUUGGCAGAGAACAAACCUGAGCCAAAAGACUUAUGGCAGGAGCCAAAGGUACAAGCUUUGGCUUGGAAACCUUGCGCCCAUCAACGUUCUUGGACUCCUGCUGAUGGCAAAAAUGGAUAUAUUAUGGUAACUGCAAACGGAGGGAUUAAUCAACAAAGAGUUGCUGUAUGUAACAUCGUUGUUGUAGCCCGGUUGCUCAAUGCGGUUCUUGUCAUUCCCAAAUUCAUGCUCAGCGACGUUUGGACAGAUGCAAGUCAGUUUGGAGAUAUCUAUCAAGAGGAACAUUUUAUUAAGUAUUUAUCGCCCGAUAUUCGGAUAGUAAAGGAACUACCAAAAAAUCUUCAAUCUUUGGAUCUUGAAGCAAUCGGCAGCGUUGUGACAGAUACAGAUGUGAUGAAAGAAGCCAAACCAGGUUUCUAUAUAAACCACAUUCUCCCUAUACUACUCAAGAACAGAGUUGUCCAUUUCGUUGGUUUCGGAAACCGCUUAGCCUUUGAUCCAAUGCCAUUUGAGUUACAGAGGCUUCGGUGCAGAUGUAACUUUCACGCGCUAAACUUUAUCCCACGAAUACAAGAAACAGGCGCGUUGCUCGUGAGGAGAUUACGAAACAGUGGAUCUUACCUUGCGCCGCUUGAUCAGCAUCUCCUCGGUCCAAAAUCCGCUUCCUUAAUCUUGGACAAUAAGUCUGAUACUCCUGCGCAGAAGAAAGCAGCUUCUUCCUCUUCUAAGUAUCUUGCUCUCCAUUUACGGUUUGAAAUCGACAUGGUGGCUCAUUCUCUAUGUUACUUCGGAGGAGGGGAGACAGAACAAAAGGAAUUGGACUCUUAUCGCCAAAAACACUUCCCGUCUCUCUCAACUCUAACCAAAAAGAAAAAAUUUCCAUCUCCUGAUGCAUUGAGGACGGAAGGACUUUGUCCGUUAACACCCGAAGAAGCCGUGCUUAUGCUCGCGGCUCUUGGCUUUAACCGCGAAACUCGAGUUUUUGUAGCUGGCGCAAAUAUAUACGGAGGAUCAAAACGUUUAGCCGCGUUAACUAGCUUAUAUCCAAAUCUAGUUAGCAAGGAGAAAUUACUAUCUCAAGCCGAGCUAGAACCAUUCAAGAACUUCUCAUCUCAGUUAGCGGCUUUAGAUUUCAUUGCUUGUGCUGUGGCAAACGCUUUUGCGAUGACGGAUUCAGGGAGUCAGCUAUCGUCUCUUGUGUCCGGUUAUCGGAUUUAUUACGGAGGAGGGAAAAUGCCGACGAUUAGACCGAACAAACGGCGACUUUCGGACAUAUUGUUGAAGAAUAAUACGAUUGAUUGGAAAGUGUUCGAGAAGAGAGUGAGAAAAGCGAUUAGACAAACAAAACAUGUCUUCGCUAGACCUAUUGGACGCAGCGUUUACCGUUACCCAAGAUGUAUAGAAUGCAUGUGUAAUGAUCAAGAACAUUGA